UCAAAGACUGUUCUGAGAAAGGACAGUUAAAUACCGCCACCUCCUACCGGGGCCACAUCCCUCACUUCCGGGUCUGUGUGGAGGCAACUUCCUUUUAGGGUGGGAGGGAUCUGCUGGUGAAGGUGGAGUGAGGCCGCUGCUCGCUGUCCUGUGCAUUCGCUGGGAUGAUGUGACCAGAGUUUGUUACCGCUUAAGAGGGGGAAGGGGCGGCGGGAGACCGCGCAGGGGGCGAAGAUGAUUGUACACCUAUGGCGGUAUUUGUAUAGAAAUAUCUUUCGGUUUUGGUUAAAAUGGUUCCUAAGACAGCUCACUGGAAAAUGUGAACUGCAGCGUAUUUGUGAUGGCUCAAGGAAAAGUGCAGAAAGGACACUAAAAAUAGAAUACUCAUUGGAAUCAUCCAAAUGUAAGGCUUUACGAAGUGCUGCGUGUGCCACUGAAGAUGAAGUAGAAAAAUGUGUAGCGCUAAUCAUACAGGAAAAGAAAAUUAAUAUAGAAAAAGACACAGGGUUUGCCUUGAAGCUACAAUUAUGUUUGCUGCAGAUAUCUGGCUACGAGAAACUUUAUUUGGCUGUAGAAGAGCUGAGAAAACAGCCCUAUAACUCAGAUAAUAAAGAACAUGAGGAACAACUAAUGGAGCUUUGGAAUUUGUUGAUGCCCCAUGAAAAACUGAAGGCUAGAAUCACGAAGCAGUGGUGUGACAUUGGUUUCCAAGGUGAUGACCCUAAAACGGACUUCAGAGGAAUGGGCAUGCUGGGAUUAACUAAUCUUCUAUACUUUAGUAAACAUUAUCCACGCGAAGCUCGUCAAAUCCUUUCUCAUUCAAAUAAUCCAAAACUGGGAUACUCCUAUGCAAUAGUCGGGAUCAAUUUGACAGAAAUGGCUUAUAGUUUAUUAAAGAAUGGCUUUUUAAAAACUCACUUCUACAAUCUGGUUCCUGGUGUACCACAACUGAAAGACUUCCAUCAGUUUUAUUGUUAUUUGGCUUAUGACUUUGACAAAUUUUGGUUUGAAGAAAAACCUGAAAGUAUUAUGUACUUCAACCAAUAUAGAGAGAAGUUUCAUGAAAAAGUUAAAAGACAUCUCCUGGAUUAUGACAUAGUCCUUGCCUUAAAAAAUGAAAAAUAGUAAUGUGUGGUCCUUUGAUUCUGCACAUAAAAAUUAUGCACUUGGCUGGAAUUCUCAUAUUUAACCAAAAACUUCAUUUAAUGAUCAAAGUUUUAUACAUCUAUUUUUUUUUAUUAAAAAUCAAUAGAGAGCUUGGACAAUCAACACUUAUUUAGGACUGUACACUAUUUGCUACAGGUAAGAACGUCUUAAAUACAAAGAUCCUCACUGGAUCACAAAACCUCACAACUUUUUUAUACCUGGUAAAAGAUGAAAAGGGUUCUUGCGCUGCAUCAUAUUGUCUAGUAAUAGCAAUCCACCCCGCAAUUUGACUCAUGUUUAGUUUACAGUAAGAGGUUUGUGAUGUUUCAUAAAUAGAAAUAGCUUUGUUUUGGAUUUCUCUGUUGGAUUGUAUUUGUUCAUUUCUAUAUAGGACAUUUGGCUAUUUACUGUGUACCCCCUCUGAAAAGAAGACAUAUAAAAAUGUUAAAUUAUUUUGAUGUGUGAGAACAAUCUUCACUUUUUUUUAAAGCUUAUUCCAUAAAGCUUUUUAUUUAGUUGUGUUUUAUUUAGUAUGUAGCUAGAAAUUGCAAUAUUAAAGUUUCCUUUUUAAAUGAGUCUUUGAAAGAUACCAUAGCCAUUUUAAGCUGAACAAAUUUCUCCUUUAUUAUAUUUAUUUAAGACUAUGCAGUUGUCUUCACAUAUCAACUGUUGGCCUAUCUUUCUUCCUUUUUUAUGUCAGCUAACAAACUGACAGCUGACAUAGAAACUUGAGAAUAUUAGGGCUUAAAGUAUUUAAAGAGGAUAAUCAGCACUAACUGAAUUCUUUCUUCUGUACAUUUCUUUCAUAUAUUGAGGAAGGCAACUUAGAUGACAUAUUCCAAGACAAUCUAGGCAGUAGGAUUUUGCACCAAUUGAAAAUCUAAGCCUUGUAUAAAAUGUUUCUAAACUAGCUUGGUUUGUAGCUAACCUUGGGGUUCAUAUAUGUGUAUUUUGUGGGUGGGGUGAUAAUUUCAAACCUUUUUUUUUUUAAUAAAGUGCCUUUGACUUACUGCAUUGAGCCUCAUCCCUGAGGCUUUGUAGCUGGGGAUGUCUCAUUGUUGAAUAGUUUCAAGCAUGUACUGGCUGCUGUUAUGAGAACGGAUACCAGAAUUGAGCAAAAUUCAUACUCCCUCUUGCCAAUAGAUAAUUGACUUACUAAUUACAUUGCCGGUGAGGAAAAUUAAGAGCACAGCAGCAGAACAUCUAAAGACUCAUCCACCCUGUACAAUUCUACAUGGCAACUUCGGGCCAAACAAAUUCGCAAUUGCACGAAUAGCUUUAAAAAAGAAUAUUGCAGGUGUGUGUUGAUGGGGGGGGGCAGUCCAAAUCAGGACCCUGGUGUCCUGAUUUGGACUGUUGCCCAUUGCUAUGUGCAUUGCCAGAAAAGUUCCAAUUGGAGUGAAUGUGAGCUUUUUUCUAGUGUAAAUAGUAAGGAUGGGUGGUGGGGGAAUGGCACAGAUAGACGGAUCAGGACCACAGUGGGGAAAUGACAGGAAGGGCAUGAGCCUUCCUACCAGUGUCCUGAUCUGCAUUAUGCCCCCCCAUUCCUGAAAUUUACUUUUUAAAAAAGCUUUUAAUGCUAUUACUAAUUGUGUGAAUGGUGACUCAUCUUUUUUAGCCCUUGGUAACAUUUGAACAUUGUAGACAUUUCCUAGGCUGCACACAUUACCUAUAAACUGUAGCAUCUAAUAGUAAUCAGUUAUCUGGCAUACUAAACAAUAUUGAAGACAUCUCAUUUAUGGGAAAUGAAUGUCUUAUUUUAAUGUUGUAAUAAAAUGCUUUUCAAAAUCCCUUUCCCCUGCGAUGGCAUAGUACACCCUGACAGAGAUUUGAGGGGUUGGUGAAGGGUUUCAUUUCAAUAUCUACAUCUAUUUUUAUUGCUGUUCAAUAUUUGUGCAAUAAAGUAUUUUUGCAAGGGUAAUUUGCUAUGUGCAAAAUGUGUUAGGGCAUAACCCAAAAGUCUAUAUGGAAUAGAGCCGUACUUUCCUCUCUGAAUUGGGUGGGGGCAUUGUCUUAGAGAAAAUAGAGCAACUCAUAUACUUGGAGCUGCUGGUUCAUGGUAUCAAAACCUACACAAAAGUAAUUCUUGGCUAAAACUGUUCUAAAUAAGAUAAACGUUCUUUUUCAUAGUGUGGCGGUACAGUGAUCACGUAUUCAAUGUCAUUUGAGUUUUCCCUUGAAGUGGCUUCAUUGGAAGCUAAUUUUUUUUUAAUGUUAGCUUUUUCAAAACUAGAUUCACUAUAUAUGCGUCAAGGAUACUGGAAGCUGAAGAGACUCAAGUGUGUAUAUCAGAGUAUUUCAGGGUAUGUCUUCAUGAGAGUUUGUCACAUUGGUUCUUUAUCUAAACCACUGGAAGCUCUAUUCUACACAUCCCUGCAUAAAAUGACUUGUGUAGCAUUUUUUCAGUGUGAACUAGAGCACCCACACUGCCUUAAUUAUUCCCUCAAUCUGCCUUUUGGAUUACAGGGAUUAGCACUUUUGGUUUUGUGGUGAUUGGAUAUGCUGAAUCCGUCCAUUUGAGCCCUGACAAGCAUCAUUUGUGUGUCAUUUGGGUUGCAAUCUAUAAGAAAUUUUAUGGGCCUACCUUUUCUUGUCCAUUGCUAAGAAACACAAGGAAGACUGUCAUAUUAGAAAUUCCAUCCAUUUUUUUGAAUUUUAAUUCUGAAAUGGACAUUUUGGUCUCCCAAAUAAUAGUUACAUCUUGCCACUCUGGGUUUCACAGUUUGGGUAGCCUUCACAGCUAAAAUGAGCAAUUAUGAUCUUGCCUCUCCCAACUCGGAGGAAAGACAAGUGCUGGUCUGUGAUGUACUGCUGAGCUUCAGCUAUGCUUAAAGGCAUCCAAAUGAUGAUGGCAGGAACAAUCCCACCCGAGCUCAGGAAAAGUGGGGAUCAUUAUGAUGAUGAAUGAAUUUGUACACCUGUUCCACAAUUUGUGUGAUGGCCUCUAGCACAUUAUGCAGGGCACAGCAGCAUCAGUGUUGAGGCUUUAUUACGAUAUUUGAUAACUUGAUGCCUCAUUCUGAUAUGUCUGGAUGCUGCUUUUUGGAGGGGGUAUGCCAACGCAAAACCUAAAAUCUGCAACAUCCUUAAUGCAUGUUGCCUGAAAAUUACUUUAUAUAUUAUCCUUGAGCAUCCUUCUGUUAAAAAGAUCAGUGUUUAACAACAUACACAAACAUAAUUUUCAAUAAAAGCAGCAAACCAAAGUUUAAGUAAUAGGCUAGACUAUUGUUUUUUUUUAAAAAAAAACAAUACUUAAAUAUACCAUCAAAUGAAAAUAUUAGUAAAGCACAAGGUGAUAUAACAUAUCCAGUUUCAGUCAGUGUACUCUUAAUCGUGCUAAUAAUCAUAAUUGGAAAUCUUUAUUGAGGGGAUUUCUAGAGUUUGUAAGAUGCCAGUUGUGUUGCAAAUAUUUUGCAAACUUUACUGCAAUUGGGAAUAAUUUGUAUCUUCCCUAUUGAGUAUAUUAACAAUGUAAAGAAGCAUUCCUUAAUUUCAGAUCGCUAUGUAAUCCUAUGGGGAUGUAAUGUUCAGGUAUAAUAACGAAAACUUAAUACAUUUUUUCAUUUUUAAGUGGAAAUCCUGUAUGGACUUAUCUCUGGAUAAGUUCUAUUGUAUGUAGAGGAUUGCACAGCUCAUUUUCAAAUGCAGUGGUCUGAUUCAAAUGUAAUUAUACUAGAAAGUUUACUAGAAAGUUACACCAUUGUUCAUUGGACUUGGAAUGAGCCAUAUGCUUCUUCCCUCGUGUUUCUUGAUUCAGCAAAACUGAAUACUCUCCUCAGCUAGUUCUGGGACAUCCAGAGUAUGCCCAUGCACCCCAAUAACAGGUUUUGAUCCUGGUUUGGAUGGAGCCCUUAAACCAUGCUUUCCUAGUGGCAAACCUGGAUUAAAGAACGUAGGAAAGCUUUAUUGAAGCUGGCUGCAUGAGGGAGGAGUGAGGAGGAACUGCAUGUGUGUGUGGUUUGUUCCCUGUCUGAUAAAUCCUGAUUAAUCAGAGUGGCAUGAUUACAUCUGAACUGGGCCAAUAUGUUUCAGCUUUAAGAAAAAAAUCAUUCUAAAUGUGUAGUUGGGCCACUUAACAGUAUAGUUUUGUGCUGUGAAAACAUAAAAAGCUUGAUGGUAGCAAAGAAUACUUUGUAAAAGUAAAAUAGAUUUACCAUUUAAUACAAUAUACAAUAUUGCAUUCUGACAAUCCUAAGACAAUACAGUAGAUCUGAAGAUUUUCUACAAACUAUUUUGUUCAUGUUGAAGGAAUAGGGGCUGGUUCCUUCUUCAAGGAGUUGUGUACAUGACCAGAUAGAGAAACAUUCAGGUGAACAUGGGUACAUGGAAAUAGAUGUAGUCAUUUCCAUUAUCAUUGUAUCUGGAAAGUGCAGCUGCGAUCACCAAAAUAAUUGUGGCUAUCCGAGUACUCCGACUUCACAUUGUUUCCCCAAAAGCUUAUGAAACUGUGUUUAUGUUCACACGGAGGCUGCUUGCAUGCAAGUUCCUUUUAUAAUAUUUUGUUUUGAACUGCAGAAAUGUGACGUGUUAGACAAACAUUGGAUACAACCCUAGGUUUCCAGAUUCAUCAGGCUAUAUAUUUUGUUGCCACUGAUAGAUCACCUUAAAAGGAUUCAGGAGGUAGAAAUAAAGACCACAUGAUCCUAAAGAUAAUGGAUUCAUUUUUUUAAAGCAAGCUGUUUCUUUAGCGAUCUAAAUUAUUACAUGUCAGAGCUGUCAUAGUUGCAGUUAUAAAGUUUAGUAGCCUGUAUUGCUAACUAUUAUUUCUAAUUCUUGUGAUUUGCACUUGUACUAGUUUACUUUUGUGUUGUGGGUAAAAGUUUUUUCUCUAUUGCUGCUUAAUGUGUGCCCCUUUCCACUGUUAAGAAAUACUUGUGGACAGUGAUUUGUAAACCUUUUUGGAGCAAGACCAUUGUCUACUACUAAAUGUGUGUGUGUGUUUAUCACAUUAUGGAAGCAAUAAAAUGUGAUGCUUGUUUAGGAGUGGAAUGAGAAAGUUAAUAAAGACGAAGUUGACAAAA